AUGGAUGACAACCUACUUUUGUCGGAACCUAUUGUGGAAGGAUUCGAUGAUGCUGCUACUUUCUCAUUAGUGCUUGCUGGUCUAAUAAUACUAAUUUUGAUGGCGUUCCUUAAAUGGCCUCGGAGACGGCAAGCUCAGAUUCACCCUUCUUUUAUCUCAACAGUGAAUGGUGUUCGUCAAGAACGGUUACAUAAUGAGCCUUCUGCUCCUCCUUUAGAAAAUGAGGAAACUCCUUCUUUCACUGAUCCUGAUCGAAUUUGUCCAAUUUGUCUUGGACCUGCUUUAUUUGCAGUUCUAACAAAUUGCGGUCAUUUGUUUUGUUGCAACUGUUUCUACCUUUAUUGGCAACAUAGCGGCAAUAUCAUGAGACCUGUGAAAUGUGCUGUUUGCAGAUCUGUGGUGUCUGUUUUAAUGCCUAAAGUCGUACAAGGUGAACGAGAGAGUAAUGUAGACGAUGCUAUUCGGAGUGACACCCAACUCAACGAGUAUAAUCGUCGAUUUUCUGGGGCGUCUAGGCCUCUGCUGGAUUACAUUCGCGACAUUCCUGUCAUGAUACCCUACAUGUUACGGUUUCUAUUCUCAGUUAACGGAAUCAUGACAAUGUUCCGCAUUCGUGUGAUGUUUUGCUUGCUAGGAAUUUUGAUAUAUGUUCUUUUUCCUUUUGACAUAUUGCCGGAAGCAGUAUACGGGAUCUUUGGCUUUAUCGACGACUUCUUCGUUGCUAUAGCGUUGCUUGCAUAUGCUAUUAUCAUGUUUCGGAGACUAGUUGCCGACAGACGUUUGCGUUUUGAUGGUGACGUUUUUGGCGAUGAAUAG